AUAAUUUUGAAAAUUUUUAGAAUCAUCAAUUUUUUUGUUGUUUUUCUUUGAGGUUAAUUAAACUCUAAAUUAUAAAUUAUAAUCUAAUUAACUGUUGGUAAUAAUUUUUUAAUUUUGUUCCGUUACUAUGAACUAUGGUUGACAAUACGCCAAAUAUUCGACCAUUACCACAUUUUUUCAAUGAAAACGUUUUCCUUUCCAAAAAAGCUCGCAGUUCAACACCAUGUAAGAAAAAGAUUCCUCCUCGGCCACCCUGCAAGAGUUUACCACCUAAAGGAAGACUCUUCUCAGACACCAGACACAGUCGUGCUCAAGCUGUUAGUUUUAAGGAGAGCGACUUCUCUACACUAAGUAAAGAUUAUGAUGUAACUCGAAGCGAAUCAUAUUUUCAACAAUGUUUCAAAAUUGAGAAGAAAAUUGGAGCAGUCUUUGGUAAUGUUUAUAAAUGUAUAAGUAAAGAUGACGGUAAAUACUAUGCAAUCAAAAAGUCUCGUGAAAGGUAUAAAGGUAAAUCAGACCGAGAUCGUCGUUUACAAGAAGUGGCCAAACAUGAGCAAUUCUCAGGGCAUCCGAAUCUGGUCAAAUUUUACAAAGCUUGGGAAGAAAAUGGCUACUUGUACAUUCAAACUGAACUUUGUGAUUGUUCUUUGAGUGAAUUUCUUGAAAAUAAUCAUGAUAUUUCCGAACCAAUGGUUUGGAAUUUUCUCACCGACCUUUUAUCUGCCUUAAAACAUCUUCACGAUCGUGAUCUAAUACAUCUUGAUAUCAAACCGGACAACAUUUUUAUAUCUAAAGAUGGCCUUUUCAAAUUGGGUGAUUUCGGUCUGGUCGUGGAAGCCUCAGAAAUUGAUAUCGAUGAGGUAACCGAAGGUGAUCCCAAAUAUCUUGCUAAAGAGUUGAUGCAGGGAAAAUUCACCAAAGCAGCUGAUAUAUUCAGUCUUGGUAUUACCACAUUAGAAUUAGCCUGUGAUCUUGAAGUGCCUAGUAAUGGAAAUGGUUGGCACCAACUAAGAGAAGGAAAAAUGCCAGAACAUUUCUUUAACAAUUUGACUCCUGAAUUAAGAAAAGUAAUAUUAAAUAUGAUGCAUCCCGACUAUAAACGUCGUUGGACAGCUGAUGAAUUGUUGAAACAUAAACCGAUUUCCAGGGUUGCCCGUCGUCGACAUAUUUGGAUAAAAUGGUGUUCAAGUCUUAACUUUAUCAGUGAUUGUUUCCAAUGGUUUAUAAUUUUCCUCAUGAGAAUAUUGCUCAUUUCAUUUCUUUACUCUAUUAUUAAGAAAAAGAUUCGUUAUCGGAGAAACUCAGGAUCUCGAACACCACCUCGACAAGCAUUAUCACCCGAUUGGGAUCAAAGUUUCUCGGAUGAUGAUGUAUUUGAAAGCAGCUUUUUAGUGUCUCCUGUUUCUGAUGAAAUUAACUCUUCCUUUAUGAGUGCUAGAAACCAUUUACUUAACGAUUCAAUGACUAGUGCCCACAGCAUCAGUAGGUAUACAUCAACAGCGAAUAAAAUUAAAAGACAGUCCAAUAUGUCAUCAUCAUCGUACAUGCCCUUAACACCAAUAAGAAGAUCAUUAUUUAAUAACGAGAGACCUUCCCUGCUCGCCAGAACACCAGGAUUACAGGAUAGUUUCAAUGAAAGGAUAAGUUUUUGUGAUCUUUCAGACGAUGAUGAUGAACUCAACGUUACAAAUCAAAUGUGUCCUAAAAAUCUCGAGAAAUUAUUUGACAAAAUGGAUAGUGAUGAAGACUUUGCAACUUGAAUUCAAAUUUGAAUCGAAAAGUGAAGGAGCAAAAACAAAACUUAUCUAUUGCCAUAAUCGUCAUAAUCAUUAGAAAUCAUCAUCAACAUCAUCACCAUACUCGAAUACAAAUGAUCAAUGACUUCUACUAAAGGAAAAAUAAUAUUAAUUAUAACGAUUAACAUAAAAAAAAUAAGAUUAAUAUUAAUACCAAUACGAGAUACCAAAGAGAAGAUUUUUUUUUCUGGAGUAAUAAUUGUGCGUUCAUAGAUGAAAAUCUAAAAAUCAUUGAAAUAAUUAUCCAAAUUCUCCAAAGUAAAAACAAAAAGUCCUAGCAAACGAACCUAAAUAAAAUGACUACCGAAAAGUGUCAACCGAAGAAGGAGAAAACGAGAAGGACAUAAAAAAACAACUUCCACUUCCUCUUUCAUUUCAUAGAAAAAGAUAUUUUUUUAAUUCCCAAUUUUUAUCUGUUCAUAAAAUAAUUAAUACAAAAAAAAACGUAAACAACAACAACAACAAACAAUA